CCAUGAAGUUGGCUGCAGUUUUUUUUUUGUUCAAGUCCAAUUUUGACGUUUUCUCGUUCUUUUCGUCGGAAACGUUAACGUAUACACGUCGCUUGGCUUUGUUCUUAAAUUCAUUUUCACGAGUCCCUAAUUUCACAUACUUGCUACAAGAUGGUUAGGGAGAACAAAGCUGCCUGGAAAGCUCAAUACUUCAUUAAAGUCGUCGAACUCUUCAACGAAUAUCCCAAAUGCUUCAUUGUAGGUGCUGACAAUGUUGGUUCACGUCAAAUGCAACACAUCCGUACCAGCCUUCGCGGCUUGGGUGUCGUUCUAAUGGGUAAGAACACUAUGAUGCGUAAAGCCAUCCGCGGCCAUUUGGAACAAAACGGGCAAUUGGAAAAGUUGUUGCCUCACAUUAAGGGCAAUGUAGGCUUUGUCUUCACCAAGGGCGAUUUGGCUGAAGUUCGUGACAAAUUGUUGGAAUCCAAGGUCCGUGCUCCUGCUCGUGCCGGUGCCAUUGCUCCAUUGCUUGUUGUCAUCCCAGCUCAAAACACUGGUUUGGGUCCCGAAAAGACUUCCUUCUUCCAAGCCUUGUCCAUCCCUACCAAAAUUUCUAAGGGUACAAUUGAAAUUAUCAACGAUGUGCCCAUUUUGAAGCCUGGUGACAAGGUCGGUGCUUCCGAAGCUACUUUGCUUAACAUGUUGAACAUCUCUCCCUUCUCAUAUGGUUUGAUCAUCAACCAAGUCUACGAUUCUGGUUCCAUUUUCUCUCCCGAAAUUUUGGAUAUCAAACCCGAGGAUUUGCGUGCCAAGUUCCAAGCUGGUGUUGCCAAUUUGGCUGCCGUCUCCUUGGAAAUUGGAUAUCCUACCAUCGCUUCUGCUCCUCACAGCAUUGCCAAUGGUUUCAAGAACUUGUUGGCUAUUGCUGCCACCACCGAAGUGGAAUUCAAGGAAGCCACCACCAUCAAGGAAUACAUCAAAGAUCCCAGCAAGUUUGCUGUCGCCGCCGCCGCUGCUGCUCCAGUUGCUGCCAGCGCCACCGAGAAGAAGGAAGAAGCCAAGAAGGAAGAAUCCGAAGAAGAAGACGACGACGAUAUGGGCUUCGGUCUUUUCGACUAAAGUCUGCAAUACGGCUAAUCACAGUCAACACAUCAUACCAAUACAAUUUGGUAUUAUUGCUGUAAAAAUUGCGCACUACUAUUGCCUAGCAUAUAUCCAUCUUUUGUGUUCUAUCCAUCAAGGCAUUAGCAAAUUUUGAUGUUUUUCGACGACAUCUUGAAAACAACUUUUUAACUGUGAUUUGUUGGCUUUCACAGGUGCAACAAAUUAUUGUCGAGGUGUGACAAACCCAAUGGCAAGUUGUUGUUACCCUGUGUUUAUGCUUAGAAAUCUUAAUACAAAAAUAAAAAGUCGUAAUCAUAA